AUGCACAUUCGCAAGGUCGUACACACCACCUCCGCCUCUACCUCCGCCGUCUCUCUCUACUCUCUCUCAAAGUUGUGUCUUCAGCUUUGUAUGGAGGACACAGCGGACAACCACCCAUUAGCCAUAGGCACAUUUCAGAGGAGAGAGAGGAGACAGAAGCCAAAAUCAGUCAAGGGCGUGAUCAGGAGAAAGAGGGGACAUCUGAAGACUGAACACAAGAACGACGGCGGCGGCGACGGCGGUGGUGGAGGUGAUGAAGAUGAUGAAGAGGUAGAGCUAGAGGUGGAGAAGAAGAUCAUGGAGUUGCAGAGGAUUGUACCAGGAGGAGAGUGGGUUGGGAUUGAAAAUUUGUUUGAACAAACCGCUAGUUAUAUAUUGGCCUUGCAGUGUCAGGUGAAAGCCAUGAAUGCUGUGGCUUCCUUUCUUGAAGGUCUGGACAUUGAGAAGAGGAAGCUCGGAGGUUAAACAAAACAAUCGCCCUUCUCUUUCUUCUCCAUGGCUUUCAACUUUCAUCCUGCAACAACUUUCCUUAAUUUUUUUCCCCCUUUCCUCUGUGUAAUUUUUUUUUUUUUUUUUUUAAAAAAAAGAGAAAUUUCUUGGUUUUCCGAUGAAAAGGAAGAGAGGUUGACGUUGGUGAGCACCAUUGUAAUGGUUUGGCAAUGGAUUUUCAGCCAAUAUCAUGUGCAGGUAGGAAAUUCUAAAUCUGAUCAUAAGGUUGGCUUUUUGAACAAGUACAAUUCUGUUCAUUUUUGUGA